CUGUCUACGCUUCUCGUCAUCAUUUUACCAAAAAUUGUUCCACCAUUUCCACACACACAUUCAAAAUUAAUCAAAUUCCUCACAACGAACGUCAUACCAGUUUCAACAGUUUCCCCUCGUUAAGAAUUCCCAAUUUUACACACUGUUCCACAAUUAAUACAUCCAAUCAAUUUUUCAUCCGUGUUCGAUGCUUCCUUUUUCUUCAAAUUAAGUAAUAUCGAAUGAUGUUAUUGGAUUUUGCGACGGCAUUUCCGUGAUUCCGGGUUUGAAUUAGGGUUUUGUUUCAGAUUACUUGAUCCACUUUAUCCUUUUUCUUUAGCUUUUGGGUAGGGUUUGGUGUUUCUUAAAGUAAUAUCUUUUGGGGAUUAUAAUGUAUGCCAUACGGUAUUGAAUUUCUUGUAUCAUUUGUUGCAAUUUUUUCCAAGUAUAUACAGUAUAUCUAUCAUAAAGUUGACGCCUAGAGCUGCUUGUUUCCACAUUAGGGUUAGAUUCUGCAUUCUGCGGGAGAAAAGCUCCAUUUUUGUUGCUUCAAUUUCAUUGGUGGUUUGAGGAAAGAAAAGUUGGCUCAAUAUAUAUCUGAAAAGGGAUUGGUGGUCCUUGUUUUGUUGGUGCAAAUAUUAGUUCUGUUUUAGAGAAGGUGUUAGUGAUGGGAGAACAUGAAGGAUGGACUGAGACAGAUGAGCAAUUGCCCAAUGGGCUCUUACCCGGGGCAGGGUCUGUUAUGCGUGCCCUGGAUACAGAGCGGUGGAUGAAGGCGGAGACGCGGACUGCAGAGCUCAUUGCCUGCAUUCAACCCAACCAGCUAUCCGAGGAGCGCAGGAAUGCUGUUGCGGAUUAUGUGCAGCGGCUCAUCAUGAAGUGUUUCCCAUGUCAGGUCUGCACCUUUGGUUCAGUCCCCUUGAAGACAUAUCUGCCUGAUGGAGACAUUGAUCUGACUGCUUUCAGUCAGAAUCAGAAUUUGAAGGAUACGUGGGCCAAUCUGGUUAAAGAUGUUCUGCAGAGAGAGGAAAAGAAUGAAAAUGCUGAGUUUCGUGUGAAGGAGGUUCAUUAUAUUCAAGCUGAAGUCAAGAUAAUUAAAUGUCUUGUGGAAAAUAUUGUGGUGGACAUAUCUUUUAAUCAAGUUGGUGGCUUGUGUACACUCUGCUUCCUUGACGAGAUCGAUAAUCUGAUAAGUCAGAAUCAUCUGUUCAAGCGUAGUAUUAUAUUAAUCAAAGCGUGGUGCUAUUAUGAAAGCCGCAUAUUGGGCGCUCAUCAUGGACUCAUAUCUACUUAUGCCCUGGAGACUUUAGUUCUUUACAUCUUUCAUGUUUUCAACAAUUCCUUUCAUGGACCACUUGAGGUCCUAUAUCGUUUUCUGGAGUUCUUUAGCAAUUUUGACUGGGAGAACUUUUGUGUUAGCUUAUGGGGACCUGUAGCUAUUAAUUGCCUACCUGAUGUAACUGCGGAACCUCCUAGGAAGGAUAGUAGGGAGUUGCUACUUAGCAAGUUGUUUCUUGAAGCUUGUAGCUCUGUGUAUGCUGUUUUUCCUGGUGGCCAGGAAAGUAAUGGUCAGAAAUUUUCUUCCAAGCAUUUUAACGUGAUUGAUCCCUUACGAGUGAACAACAACCUUGGACGAAGUGUUAGUAAAGGUAACUUUUUCAGAAUACGAAGUGCAUUUGCUUUUGGAGCUAAGAGACUGGCACGGUUACUUGACUGCCCAAAAGAAAACUUAGACUUUGAAGUCAAUCAGUUCUUUAUGAAUACAUGGAAGAGACAUGGAAGUGGUCAUCGCCCCGAUGCACCAGGAGUUGAGUGCUUGAGAUUGUCAACUCCAGAUAGUCCCCAUGAGCUUCGUAAUUCCAAUAAUGGGAGGAAGGCAAAAGAAAGCUCUAAUGCUCAUGGGGUAGAGGUUCGGAGCACUCAUACUCACAACGUUUCCUAUCAACACGGUGAAAACUCACAUAGGAUGUUUCCCAUGACAAGUGAUUUGUCUUCAGCUUCACACUCACUCAGCUUAAAAAGUCAAUUCAAUUUAAACAGCUUGCAGGUCACUGAUCAUACUGGAAGUAAUACCGUCCCUGAUCAGGUUGUACUUACUGAUAAGAACCAGAGAGUUCUGAGUGCAGAUCAUUCGGCAAAUGACACUGAGGGAAGGCGUCUUUUUGCCCGAACACACUCUAGUCCUGAACUGACUGAUAACUAUAGUGAUGUCUCAUCACAAGUACAACAUGGCAGACAUGGAGAAAAUACAGAUGCUCGUGCUGCUCAUUCUAGAUUGGAUUCGAGUUGUAGGAGGAACGGGUUUGGGCCAGAGACUUUGUUUACCCACAACAAUCAUACUUCAGUUGAAGAUACAGUGGCAAGAUCACAUCUAAGUCUUGAUACUUCUGCCGCCAAUAGUGUUUCAAAUAGCUACGCCCUAAGUGAAGAGUUUUCAACCACCUCUGGAACACAGCUGAUGCACCCGGAAGAUCAAGAUAUUGUGAAUAUGAUGGCGUCUGCUUCACUUCAAGGGUUCAAUGGCCAAGUUCAAGUUCCAGUUAAUUUAACGUCAGGUCAUCUACCUUAUUCUAUCCCUCCAUCCUUUCUUGCUUCUAUGGGGUACAAUCCACAGAAUUUUCCAGGAUUUGUCCCUGCAAAUAUCCCUAUGAUCGACCCAUCAUUCACACACUUACAAUUUCCUCACGGUUUGGUAUCACCCCAAUUGACUCAAUAUUUCCCGAGCAUUGGACUUAAUUCAUCUGAAGAGUCACUUGACCGAAUCAAUGAGAAUUUUGGUCGUAUAGACUCGGGAGAAGCCAAUAAUGAGUUUUUGCAGGAACAAGAUUCUAGAUCGUCUUGUCCGUAUGAUCUCGAGAAUGGAAAUUUGGACACACUCCAAAUUCACGAAAAACCAUCAGUAUCACCGUCGGGUUUAAAAUAUAUUCCUCCACAAUCUCGAGUAACUGCCUCUAGCAGUACGAGAACUCAGCAAAGGCAUGUGAGGGAAAAACGGGGAGCAGAGAGGGAUACUAUUGAUAGUUCUCUGGAGCAGGAUAUCAAUGUUGGUGAGGUUCAUACUGAUGAAAAAUCAGGCAAUUCAAGGUUCUCAUCAGCGGCCCAUAGUAAUUCUUUGAGAAGUAGAACUUCUUCAGAGAGCUCCUGGGAUGGAUCAUCAGGGAAGGCACCUAAAUUUUCGAAAGAGAAAAGGGGAAAGAAAAUUGCAACAGAUCUAAUUAACAACCACGUAAAAGGUAAAGUUAUGUCUGAGCACGCAUCAAAUGACACAGAUGAUGACCAGGAGCGGGGUUCACUGUCAAAUUUGGUGACUGAAGUCACUGAAAGAUACCCUGAGUCUGAGCCGGAUGUGUCUUCGCAUGUUUCUAGGCACCGUAUGCCCGACUCUGAGGUUGCUCAGACUAGUGGAUCAGACUCAAUGAUGCCCUUUGCCCCAGUACUGAUUGGUCCUGGCUCAAGGCAUAGAAUGAGUGAGAAUUCCGGGGUAAUUGCAUUCUACCCGACUGGUCCUCCAAUCCCUUUCCUUGCGAUGCUUCCGGUUUAUAACAUUCCACCAGAGGCAGGUAUAGCGGAUGCAUCAAGUGGGCUUUUCGGAGGUCAUGAGACUGUGAAUGAUAGUGAAUCUGUAAUGAACAUCAAUCCCAAGGGAUUAGAUCAAUUACAGGAGUUACAUUCCUCGAGAUCCUUACUAGGAAUCUCAACUAAUGAGACAUCCAAAGAACGGAAGCCUGAUAUUCUUAAUAGUGACUUUGUAAGCCAUUGGCAAAGCUUACAAUUUGGAAGGGUCUGUCAGAAUCCUCGGUACCAAGGGCCUUCUGCAUUUCCUUCACCUGUCAUGGUUCCACCAUCUUUUGUACAGGGUCAACUUCCAUUCGACAAUCUUGGUAGACCACUUUCAACCAAUGCAAACUUGUUCUCUCAGCUUAUGACAAAUUACGGCCACCGUAUGGUUCCUAUUGCUCCCCUUCAGUCAGUUUCCGGGCGACAUCCCAAUAUAUAUCAAAGCUACAUGGAUGAUGUGCCAAGAUAUCGUAGUGGAACCGGAACAUACUUGCCUAAUCCUAAGAUUACUAGUAGGGAUUACCACUCGUCAGGCAGCAGAAGAGGGAACUAUAACCAUGACAGAAAUGAUAACUUGGACAAAGAGGUGAAGUGGAAUGCUAAUUCAAAAUCAAGGGCUGCUUCACGUAGUCACAACAGAAACCAGACUGAGAAAGCUAACCCUCGAACUGAACGUUACUCUCAUGGAGAGGGUCGAGGUGACCGUUUUUGGAACUCCUACAGGAAUAACUCAACCCCAUCUUACCAGUCUCAGAAUGUUCAUUUGCACUCAAAUUUUGGUCAAGAUGGUCCUCAGAAUGUGGCAUACGACAUGUACCCUUUGGCAGCGAUGAAUCCUAAUGGAGUUUCAAACGGACCUUCGGUUCCACCAGUUAUGAUGCUGUAUCCAUUUGAUCAUGAUGCUGCCUAUGUUUCUAAUAACGAACAGCAUGAUUUUGGUUCUCUUGGUCAAUCCAGCUUGCCCGAUGUAAAUGAGCAAUCCCAGCUAAAUGAUGGCAAUCGUGCCAGAGCAUCUGAGGAUCAUAGACUGCAUGGGAGCUCUGCACACUGCUCCCCCCCAGAUCAACCAUCUUCGCCUCACCAUCAUGGGUAAUGCUGCACAGGUUUUGGUGUUCUUUUAACUCCAGAAGAAUACGUGUUUCGAAUCACUGCUACAAAUUAAUAAACAGGAGGGUUCGAUAACGCGCCCAGCUACACUGUCUUUAAGGAACAUUCUGUUGAAGGAUGAUAAUAUUCCAGUCUAACUUUGGUUCCGACAGCAAUGGCUGGAACGGGUGCAGCUCCCGUAUUGUUGCUCAUGUACAGAAUGCAGCUUGGCUUGGACCUCAUGUCUCAGUAAUUGUGCUCAAGAAUGGGCCUUCGACGUGGUUCUUGUAUGUAGAAUAGAAAACCAACUCUGACCUUUACCAAUUUGGGAACUGGAGCUGUAGUUAGUUACCAACACAUUUUUGCCUUUUUUGGUUUGCUCUGCCUUAGCGUAUCACAUUAUUAUUUCAUAUACAAGUGAUCUAGAAUUAGAGUUCCAUUUUUAGACUAUUUUUUGUUUUAUUCCCUUAGAUUUUCCUCAUAGGAUUUUAAUCAUAAGAUCUGUUUGUAUCAGCUUCAUCUCCAAUACCAAUGUCAAAUACUUCUUCCGUACUACAAGAAUAUGCACUAUUUCUUUUUA